AUGGCUUCCGCGAACAACUGGUUAGGCUUCUCGCUCUCCGGCCAGGGAAACCCACAGCUUCAGCAGAACGGUUCACCGGCCGCCGCGUCCAUUGACGUCUCCGGUGGAGGAGAUUUCUAUGGCCUGCAAGCUCAGACACCCCCGGAAGCGCAUCUCGGCAUGUCCGGCCUCCGGGCCGACACGAACUACGGCGUCAUGGAUGGCUUCGACGGGGGAAACCAAGAAACCCAAGAUUGGGCAAUGAGGGGUUUGGACUACCACGGCGGCUCCUCUGAGCUGUCCAUGCUAGUCGGAUCGAGCGGCGGGAGGAUGACCGUCGACGACGGCGAGGCGCCGAAGCUCGAGGACUUCCUGGGAGGCAACUCCUUCUCCGACGUGCAAGACCACGCCGGCAGCUAUCUAUUCUCCUCCGGAGGCGCCGCGAUAGGAGGUGGCGCGGCGACCAGUUCGCAUGGCGUCGACGGCGGCCGUGGCGGCAGCACCAUCGAGCUGUCCAUGAUAAAGACCUGGCUCCGCAAUGACAAUAAUCAAGCGCAGAAUGAACAAGCGAUGAGCGCCGACGCGAGCGCUACCACCUACGCGUGCUCCGGCGCGCUGGCGGCCAGCGGUAACGGCGUGGGCGCGGCGAGCUCGCGCGGUCAGCAGGGCCUCGCGCUCUCGAUGAGCAUGGGGUCGAACUCGCACCCACAGAUGCCGGUGGUGGCGGCUGCUGCUGGUGGAGGAGCCGAGAGCACGUCGUCGGAGAACAAGCGGGUCGAUUCGCCGAGCGCCGGCACGGGGGACGCCGUCCAGAGGAAAUCCAUCGACACCUUCGGGCAAAGGACCUCGAUCUACCGAGGUGUCACAAGGCAUAGAUGGACUGGCCGAUAUGAGGCACAUCUCUGGGAUAAUAGCUGCAGAAGAGAAGGGCAAACUCGUAAGGGGAAACAAGUUUAUCUGGGCGGUUACGAUAAAGAAGACAAGGCAGCUAGGGCUUAUGAUUUGGCAGCUCUAAAAUACUGGGGAACAACCACAACAACAAAUAUCCCAAUAAGUACUUACGAGAAGGAGAUUGAGGAAAUGAAACACAUGACCAGGCAGGAGUACAUUGCAUAUCUUAGGAGGAAUAGUAGUGGUUUUUCUCGUGGUGCGUCAAAAUAUCGUGGUGUAACCAGGCAUCAUCAGCAAGGGAGAUGGCAAGCAAGGAUAGGGAGAGUGGCAGGCAACAAGGAUCUCUACCUCGGCACCUUCACGACCGAGGAGGAGGCCGCCGAGGCGUACGACAUCGCGGCCAUCAAGUUCCGGGGACUCAACGCCGUCACAAACUUCGAAAUGAGCCGCUACGACGUGAAGAGCAUCCUGGAGGGAAGCACGUUGCCGGUGGGAGGCGCGGCGAGGCGGCUGAAGGAGGCGGCGGAGCUGGCCGAGGCAGGCGUCUGGCGGGCGGAGGACGGCAGCCUCGUCUCGCACCUCCAUACCGCCGACAGCAUUGGCAUGGGAGGGUACCACCACGGCUGGCCCACGUCCAUCGCGUUCGGCGGACACCAGCAACAGCCGUCGGCAGCACAGCACCUGGCCGCGCACUACCCCCAGUACGCCGGGCACGGGUGGUGCAAGACGGAGCAGGACGCGGUGAUCGCGGCCGGUCACGGCGCGCAGGACGCCCACCAGGAGCUGCACCUGGGAACGCACAACUUUUUCCAGAUGCCGGCGUCGAGGACGGCCGUCUACGGCAACGGUGGUGGCGCCUGGUACCAGGGCCUCGGCGGCAACGCUUUCAUGAUGCCGGUGGGCACGACGGUGGAAGCCGGCGAGCAUGGGCAUAGCGGUAGCACGGCGACUACGGAGGAGGGGAGGCUCGUGGGCUACAGCGCCGACCAGGGUGGCGUCGACCCGUACGCGGCGAUGAGGCGCGCGUACGAGCUCUCCCAGGGAUCGUCGUCGGUGAGCGUCGCCAAGGUGGCGGACGGGUACUCCAAUAACUGGAGCUCGCCGUUCAGCGGCAUGGGAUGA